CCCUCUGAGCUUCUCUGUUCUUCUGAAUCCGAAUAGAAUGCAAAGCACUCCUCGCAUUCAACUCAACCACCGCAACGAGAGAAGAACCAAGCUGCACAUAUUCAGAGCAGGAUGCAGCGUUUCAGGGAAGGCAUCCACAUACGGACCAUGAAGGCCAAGAGGAAAGUGGAGGAGAUUUCCAAAGAGGACAUCCAGACUUUCUUGAAGAAGAACGCCUUUGUACUCUUCACAGUCGGUGCAGUUAUUGCAGGGAUUAUUCUGGGGUUUGCAUUGCGCCCCUAUAAGAUGUCUUAUCAAGAGGUGAAAUACUUCUCUUUCCCUGGAGAGCUAUUGAUGAGAAUGCUGCAGAUGCUUGUCCUACCCUUGCUAGUUUCCAGUCUCAUAACAGGAAUGGCUGCUUUGGACAGCAAAGCCUCAGGAAAGAUGGGCAUGAGAGCUGUGAUUUACUACAUGACCACUACCUUCAUUGCAGUCUUCAUUGGCAUCCUCAUUGUCCUCAUCAUCCAUCCAGGAAGAGGAUCCAAAGAGGAAUUUGGAAAGCAGCAGACAAUAGAGCAAGUCAGUCCUGCAGAUGCCUUUUUAGAUCUGAUCAGAAAUAUGUUUCCUCCAAACUUGGUCCAAGCUUGCACACAACAGUAUAAAACCAAAUAUGGAAAGCGGGCAGUUCAUGUGACGGUGACAGUGACAGUGAACGACACACUCUUCAACACGACCAAUGGAACCCAGGAGGUGAUGGAGAUCACCCGAGAGGAAGUGAUUCCAGUGUCCGGCCAGGUGAACGGAUUAAAUGCGCUCGGUCUGGUGGUCUUCUCCAUGUGCUUUGGGCUAAUAAUUGGCAACAUGAAGGAGCAAGGCCAGCUCCUGAGGGAUUUCUUUGACAGCCUCAAUGACGCAAUCAUGCGCCUGGUUGCCAUUAUCAUGUGGUAUGCUCCCAUUGGGAUUUUGUUCCUCAUUGCAGGAAAAAUAGUGGAGAUGGAUGAUCUGACACAGAUGGGGGGGCAGUUGGGCAUGUAUACCAUCACAGUUAUCAUUGGCUUAAUGAUCCACGGCAUUCUAAUUCUUCCCACUCUAUAUUUUGUCAUCACACGGCAGAACCCAUUUAUUUUCAUUGCUGGGCUUCUGCAAGCUCUGGUCACAGCUCUGGGCACCUCCUCCAGCUCUGCCACCCUCCCUGUCACCUUCAAAUGUCUUGAGGAGAACAACAGAAUUGACAAGCGAAUCACUCGCUUUGUGUUGCCAGUGGGCGCCACCAUCAACAUGGAUGGCACUGCCCUGUAUGAGGCAUUGGCAGCCAUUUUUAUUGCUCAAGUCAACAACAUGGAGAUGAACUUUGGCCAAAUAAUCACAAUCAGUAUUACAGCGACUGCUGCUAGUAUUGGUGCGGCUGGCAUCCCGCAAGCAGGCCUUGUCACCAUGGUGAUUGUAUUGACCUCUGUUGGACUUCCUACUGAUGACAUCACUCUAAUCAUUGCAGUUGAUUGGUUCCUGGACCGUCUGCGUACCACCACUAAUGUUUUGGGGGAUUCCAUCGGAGCUGGCAUUGUUGAGUUCCUCUCUCGACACGAACUUCGCAGCAAAGACGUGGAAAUGGGAAACUCUGUUCUGGAGGAGAAAGAGAGGAAGAAACCUUACAAGCUCAUCUCACAAAAUAGUGAUUUUGAAAAUGACAAGUGUGGUCACAAUGAAUCAAGCAUGUAGUUUACCAGUUUAGCGUAGUUUGUGAGGCUGAGGCUGUUUAGUUUCUUUUUUUGUUGUACACUUUUCUACACUUUGAUUUCAUGCUGCUUUUGCUGUUUGUCGUGUUUGAGAAGUGACGAAUUUUUGACAUUCCUCCUCCAUCCAAGAAGCAAAAAGUAUAGUCUCAAAUAGUGUUUGAAUCAUGUUAUCUUCAUGCACGAGUGGGGUGUGCAGCUUUGUGUGCAACUAGAUCAUUUAAGUGGAAGUGAAAGUAUGUUAAAAAAUAAACCCGCAUCCCACGGCAAAAACUGCCACGUCAACAGAAAGCAGACUGUGGGCUACACUGUAAUGACUACGUGGAUCUUUCUUUUACUUUCACCAUUUUAUCACCAACACCAGCUGCUGGGAAUGCUUGGCAGAAUCUCCUGUUUGUCGAGUCUUUGACUCACGCCUCCAGCAGAGCUUCACCUGAGUUAUAGUGGUUCUGGAUUGGCUGUAUUCUGUGGCUCCAUUGUUGAGGUGACCGAACAGAGCUGUGGUCACAGUUCGGUCGGUGGCAGUCGUGGUGACAACCUCCAAAACCGACGGUGGACACCAGAGGUUAAGGCGGCCGUCAAGUUGAAGGAGUCUUGUUUACACUUGCACGCCCUUUCAUUGCUAACAGGUGUGAAGUAUGUGUAAACUGUGGGGGCUGUGUGCCAGUGUGCAAAGAACAUUUUGAAAUGUUCAAAAUUUGUGACACGCAUAAUUUCCGUGAACUAGUUGUGAACACACCAACGAAUGUGCGUAUAUGCGGGCGGUGCAUAUCAAAGCGUACCUCUGUGUGUCUCAUUCACAUAGGUUAGCCUUUCCACCACCUCUUGGAGCUAUUUGGGGGAAUUCUCAAGUAAUUUCUGUAGCAUUUUGGACCUUCCUUGUGAUUUUCUUUUAAUAACUAAUCAUAAUGCCCAAAGGGAUGUCUUCUAUAGUCAGCAAUUCCCUUUCCCACACUGUCUGUGUCGCUUUUUUUUUUUUUUUCGAAUUUAUUGCCUCCUUCCUGCUUUGUACAUUCUUUACCUGCAGCUGCAAAAAAAUGUAGAUUUACCUUUCUUUUUUGCAUGAGCUUCUCUGGAGUUCAACAUCUUGUAGGUCCCUUGCAAAUAGAGGAAUUACUGAAGCUGGGGUGAUCCUUGGUCAGAUGUUCCAAGCAUGCUCACCAAGAGAAGGAUCUAGGAAACGAGUGAUUAUGUCUUGCUGCUGGCCUGGGAAUGCCUGGUGUUCCACCAGUCAAACUGGAGGAGGUGGCUGGAGACCUUACUAAGACUGCUGCACCAGGAAUGGGACCCGGACCUGGACCCACAUAAGCAGAAAAAAAUGGAUGGAUGAAAUUAGAUAUAUUGAUCUUUUUCCCAGUUGUUGUUGCUUCACGUUUUUUAUGUGAUAUUAUUACAGGCAUGUAUAAGACAUUAUUAUUUUAUUAUUUCAUUAAUAUUUCAUAUUAA